UCAGACAUGACAAGUGCGGCCGACUGAACCUGGACCUAAAGUCAGUCCUUAUCUUCUACCCCGAAGCCUUCAGAAACUGUGGUCUGCACUGUCUCGCUGGCAAGCUGAAUGUGUACGCUUAAUGCCAUGGUGGACUGAUAUGUGUUAAGACGAGAAGCGUUUCCGCCGGAGGAAGACUGCUCCUUUGUAAGCUAGUUUGGUCCGUCAGUUAGUGGUGAUGUUGUGCACGGGGCUGGAUGAGCAGCGAGUAGCCUGACGCGUCUGCACCGCAGGCCGGACAAGCCUCGUCGCUGAGCCCGGAGGACACAGACACCCCGACACGAACCGGGGGAGCCUCUGGAAGCGUCUGGUAAUAAGCGGAAAACUUGCGCACAGCGAUUCCGCUGGAAAGUGACCCACUAUUUCCAGUUAAAAGUGACCCAAACAGCCUUCACGGUGGAAACGAGAAGAAGAGCGAAGAUGAAUGCUGUGCGUGGGGGCACAGUCACCUGGCGUCCCCAGCCAUGGCAGGAUGGGGAUGGGGGAGGAGGGGAACCUCUGUCAGACAGCGACUCGGAGGAGGAAGACUUUCCUGAUGAUAGUACCACGCCGCUGGGGGACUACAUUACACAUGGACUUAAACAGCUCCUUGAUGCUCAGCAGCUGUGUGAUGUUACGCUACUUGUUGAGGGAAAGAAGUUUAUGUGCCACAGAGUCCUGUUAGCAGCUGUAAGCCCAUAUUUCCGGGCCAUGUUCACCAGCCCUCUGGUAGAGUCUCGUCUCACUGAGAUUCGACUAGAGGAAGUGACACCGUCUGUCAUGGAGACUGUCAUCCAGUUUGUCUACACCGGUGAGGCUGGACUCUCUCUGGACACAGCAGAGGAUCUGUUUGUGGCUGCCAACCGGCUCCAAGUCAUGCCCCUUCAAGAUUUGUGCUCCAGGUUCCUUUUUGAGCACCUUUCGGUGGAUAACUGCCUGGGGAUGUACUCCCUGGCUCGUUCUCACCAUGACCAGCUGCUGCUUCGUGCCUCUCUAAGGCUGGUGGCCCAGCACUUCCCUCGGGUGGCUCGACAGAAAGACUUCCUCCUGCUUGACCAUGGAACUUUAGGUAGCCUCUUGAGCUCCGAUCGCUUGGGGGUGGACUCCGAGGCAGAGGUAUAUGAUGCAGCACGCCGCUGGGCAGAGCAUCAACCCUUGGAUCGCUACGCUCACAUGCCAGCGCUGCUGCAUCACCUGCGGCCAGGGCUGCUAUCACAGGAGGAGAGCCGAAGACUGAGCCAGGAGUUGGGGCCUGCUGCAGCCGGUGAGGGCCUCGGGGGACCUCUGAGACCACGGGAGGGCAUGUUUGAGAAAAAGAUCGUGUGUGUGGACCUGACACCUCGGGAAGAUGAAAAUUUAGCUUCAAGAGACUACACAGUGGACUGCUUUGACCCUCGGACAGGGAAGUGGGAGAAGUUAGCAGCUCUAGGUUCACUGGUCAGCCCCGGCUGUACAGCAGUGGGUGACAGGCUCUUUGUAGCAGGUGGGAUCCUGCGUACAGGCUCCGUUUCUGCAGCAGUGCAUGAAUAUGACGCUGUGUUGGACCGCUGGAUAGAGCGCCCUUCCAUGAUCCAGCCACGCGCUAUGCUUGGCCUGCUGGGUUGUGCAGACUCACUCUAUGCCUUGGGUGGUAGUAACCGCUCAGCCCUUCUGGACUCCAGUGAGAUUCUGGAUCUGUCAACACUCCAGUGGUCUCCUGGGCCCCGGUUGCCGCUCCCUCUGCGUGCCUUCGCCUGCGCUGCGCUACGAGGACGACUCUACCUACUCGGUGGAACCACACUUGAACAGAACCGGGCUGUGGUCCACUCAGGAGUGCUUAUUUAUCACACUCUGACAGAUUGUUGGACGCGUGUGGCGCUGGAUUCUGGUGCCACCUGCCUUGCUGGUGGGGUAGCAGUGCGAGGAGGAGUCUGUGCCAUUGGAGGAUACAUGAGGGAUACCACUAAAUUCCUUGAUGGAAACUACACUAAUUUGGAGACUUUAGACGCCACUGGACGUGUAUUAUUUUUCAGAGAGGGCAGGGGGUCUGGGGUGGAGAGGGAGGUGACCGGAGGUGGGGUAAUGGUCACUGCUGAGCAGCGAGGAGGUGCAGGAGGUGGAAGUGACCGAGCUCCAAGCCCUGUGGUGUUUCCUGGACUACCGCGGCGAAUAGCAGCAGGAGGUGUGGCCAGGUGGAAAAGGAGGAUUUAUGUGCUGGGAGGGGAAAAUGGCUCACGCUUCUAUGACAGUGUGUAUUGUUGGAAGCCUGGCUGGCGCAGCUGGGUCCAGAGACGUGAGAAACUCCCUGGAGACACGGGUGGGGUGAGCCAGUUUGGGUGCACCACUCUUAAAUUCCCUAAGAAACACAUCCUGUCCAGACUAAGAUUAGCCAAAGAAAACUGCAAGAAGGCUGUUGACUAGCUGAACAGAUGCCACAGUAACACAGAGAUGAGCUCCAGGUUGAAUUGGACGUAGUUCCUCCUUGACCUCAUGAAGUGUUAGCGUCUGAAAUAAAGUUACAAGAAAAAGAACAGGUCUUUGAUAUACUUGAUGCAAACAAGUAUAGGGAAGAUUGAGCCAAAAAGUGGGUCAAAUCAGGCAACAAAUACCUGAAUGUAACCUCAUCUACUGUUUGUAAAAGCAGUAAAGAAAGAAUAUGAUAAUGUAAUUGUUUUGAAAUGGGCAAUGCUAAUUUCAGUUUUCAGUUUGAUGGUAUUUAGUUCUAGACUCUUUGGUUAUUGUAAAUGCUGUGAAACUUUCAGGGGCGUCAAGUUUAGACACAAGGAUAUCUGCACAUUUUCAACCACAUUAUUUACCAAAACUUAAGUCAAACUACUUUUGUUAAACACUGCAACACGUGUAAAACAUUCAAGCCACAUGAGCAGCUGUUUUGCUUGGUUUAUUGUCUGUCAAGAUAGAAAUUUUCUGCAGCCAUAAAACUUUUGAAUGUACUUAGUGUGGACCUUUAUAGAUGAGCUGAUCACAUUAACACUUCAACUAAUCUAACUUACUGAAAUAAAUUUUUUUAAGGUUUUUGUUAGUUUAACAAUAACUGCAGAGAACAUAAAACACACAUAGCUAUGUCUGCAUCCAACUAAGUGUGAUAUGAUGAUUAAUGGACUUAUACAGUUUAGAUACUGUGAAUCAACUGUGAAUUGACCAAAAUAUGUUGCAUAACGACUUGACUUUUGUUGUAGCAAAAGACUUUUUUUUUUCUUUUCGCUUACAUCUGCCUCCUGAAUGAAGAUCGAGUGACCCUGUUAAAGGUUUCAGACUCACUCAGUCUUUUAAGUGAUGCAGUGACUCAGUCUCCCUCAGGAACAGAGUGGCGGAUCUUCCUCAGAUUCCCCACAAGUAGUACAUGUUUACCACCUUUAGCAGGAAUAGAAACUCCCCUGUGGGACAGGUGAUACUUAACACCUGGUUAUUACUCUACAGUUCUGGUACAACAGUAGAACAAAGUGUAGGUCUUUACUGUGUGAGACAGGGGAACAUCACCCAGCUUUGCUAUAGUCAUGGUUAGUGUCAUCUCAGUGGAAUCGUCUUAUACAAACACGCAACAGGUUAUUGACGUUUGUGAUCUGAUGGUGUAAGAGUUUAGACUCCUUGAAUAAUUACAACUGUGAGGCUGCACAACUAAAAUGCACAAAUAACAUGCAUCAACUUACACAAAGAAAAUAUUUAUUUGAUAGGUUUUUGAACUUUAUUUCAGAUGUACAUUCAUGAGUCAAGCACAGACAGUUUUUCAGUUAGUUCAGGAAAUUUUGGUUUAAAGCUGUGAGCUUGAUUUUUAAUUUGUAGACAACAUUCCCACCACACUGUGUUUAAUUCCCUAAUACAUGCUCUGACAUUUCACCCUGAAGCAGAUUCUUUUUUUCAUGUCCUUUGCUUUGUGUGCUUACAGCUUGUAUGAAUUGUGAAAAGUGAUUGUGUACGCAUGCACGUUUCCCACGCUGAGACGUAAAUCUGUUCAACACAAGCUCUUUGCACACAUACAUGCCCUCAUAUUGUACUGUAUGUAAGCUGCCCUCAUCUGUACAAUCUUUUGAACUUUGGCAACUGAAUGGCAAGUGGAUGAUUUGAAGAAAGCAGUGCUAUGAAAUGAUUAAAGGACUAUUUGCUAUCUU